AUGGCUAAAGACUUGGGGUCACUUGCUAGCACCAGUGCCAAGUACUCUACUGCAAAGAGUAACAAGUUAAGUAAGAAAAUGAGGGAUGUUAUCAAGAAGAAAAAUGAUGAAAAAAAUCAUGCUGAGGGAGUUCCUAAGUUUUGUCACAGCAUGACUAUGAAACAAACUCAUCAGCCUUGCCAACAAUUUGUAAUUGAUGAUGAUCAAGUGGGAAUGGAUAUCACUACCCUCCAAGCUCCCAUUCAGUCAGUAGGUGUCAAUACUGAAACACAUACUAAUGUAGCCAAGGCCAACUAUACUCUCAACACUGAGGUUGAUGAAUAUGCAGUGUAUGUAUUUGAGAAUGAAGAAGAUAGUGAUUAUCAACCAAUGACUGACUAUGAGGAUGAGGAUGCUGUGAGUGAACAAUUGAUUAAGGUUUUCAGCCCAUCCAGGGACAAGGUGUAUGAGGAUGAGGUCCAACAGGUUGCUAAGUCCAAGGGAUUCUCUGAUGAAUAUAGGGUCACUCAUUCUGAAGAUGAGGAAGACCAUGACCAUUGGAAAGAGGCACAACAAGAAGAUCAACUGGAGGCAUUCAGAUCCACAGUGACAACUUUAUUGCAGAGGGAAAGUAAGCAAGACAAGGAGGAGAAUGAUCCACCCUCUAAAAGUAAGCAAACAAAGAAGAAGACUAAGAAAAGUAUCAUCAGCAGUUCUGAUAAGGUUGUUCUCAACAACAACAUCAACAUCAACACUAGGUCCAAAGCUCACAAACCUUAA